AUGAAAGCGACUCAUUCAGGUAAUAAGAAAACGACUCGACCAGGCGCGUUACCUUCGGCGGACGUUUUAGAGCGACUGCCCAUAAGAAAUCGAUACAAUGGCGAUAUUGCCGGCGAUAAAUUUGUUGCCGGUGGCGACUCGUUUUCUUAUUGCCAACAACAAAACUUGGUUGGUGGGAAACGAAAGGAAAGCGACUCAUUCGGGCCUAUAAAAACGCCUUCGUUUUGUGCUGUACAAAACUGUAGUGAUAAAUAUGGACAUGCGGACAAUAUAUCUUUCCAUAAAUUUCCCUUCAAACGCGAGGAAUUGUUGCAGAAAUGGCUAGAUUUCGCAGAACGUGGCACAGAUUGGCGUCCCUCGAAAUGGAGUGCUAUUUGUAGUCGUCACUUUCGGGAUGAAGACUUCAAGUGUUCGGCUGAUCGAAAUAUUUUAAAGAAGGCAGCAGUGCCAAGCUUGCGUAUGUUAAAGCAUAUACAUGCGCCCGAUAGUGACAAUCUUCAAGCGGCACCAACUGAAGACGCAUCCAAGGAUAAACUAUUAGUGCAAAGUAAAGAAAAAACCACAGAUGGCGACGAUAUCCCCGUUGCGGAGGCAGUUGAGGACAACGUCGAAGACUGCGACGAAGAAGAGCAUAACGGAUUACAAAACACUCCUUUGACAAGCUCGCCGAGCGCACCGAAAGUUAAGUGUCGCUUGUGUGGCAGUACCUGCUCGUCGGUAGUAUCGUUCUCUACGAAUUUCGAGAUUUAUGGCAUGAUACAGAAAUGUUUUCCCACACUCAACAUACAAAAAGAUGAUCACUUGCCAAAAGAAAUGUGUCGCACUUGCCUCAAAGGUUUGGAAACGUUUUCACGCUUUGUCGACAAAGUACUCGAGACUCAAAGUGAGUUGCAACGUAAAUAUCGGAUAGAGAAGGCGAAUAAUAGCUCACGCGCCAUCGAAAGGCAGCUUAAGGUGAAGCAAGAGCCAGUGGUACGUGUCAAGCAAGAGGUAGCGGAGGGGUUUGAAAGCAUUUUGUCUGAUGAUUUGGAUAUGGGUAUGGACGAGGGUUGUGAGCAAGAGAACGAAGCGGAUACAAGCGUUGAACAAAAAUAUGAUUUUUGUGAUUUUCCUAUGUUGAAUGCGCAGGAUAUCAUCAAUAAUUGUGACAUAAUGGAGAUUAUAAAUUUAGAUGAUCCUUUUAUAAGUAUACCAGACGAUGAUGGGAGCACGAAUUGUGAAAAUGGAACAGAGGCGCAGCAGCAGCAGGAACCGGAACAAUCAAAGCGUCAUCAAGGGCAACAGCGAAAUAAAUCUGUUCUGCCUAGUGCACAUGACUUACUUCAGACACAUCUGCUUAGCGAAGAGCACAAUUACGCUUAUACGACAGAGGUUUUGUAA